GCAGAAAAGGGCGCGAAAAUGGAGUCCUGGCUUCCGCUGUUCGACAUUUUCAUGAACAACCCUACACCGGAAACCGAAGCGUCUCUCUGGCUACAACGAUCGAACAACGCCACACCGUCACCAUCGUCAACGACGACGACGGCGGCGGCGGCGGCUGCGCCGGUCACCACAAGCGCUUUCCUCUCUCUGCUUACACAACCCCGCAAUGCCAUUGUCAAAGACCCAUCCCUUUCUUCUCCUCCUACAACAACAAGGGUCAUGUUUAUGCAGACUCUACCGGAUUUUGUUCAAUCCCGAAUUCUGUCCUUUCUUGCUUGUGAGCAUAAGAUGUUUUCUAAGCGGGAAUUAUCCAAACUGGCACGAAAUAUAUUGAGUGGAAGCGCAAAUCAAGAGGUUGAUUUUUGGGUCAAGAGAGCCGCACAGAACCUGUUUGAUGCAGUGUCUGAGUCAAGCUAUGAGUGGACUUCUGGGUUGGAUUUGGGAUUUGGGGAAGAAAGAGUAGGUGAGGAGUUUGAUGCAUUGCCGGAUUGGCUAAAGGAGGCCACCAGGGCUAGUGAUCCGCUUCUUUCUUGGCUCCCUUUGUCACAGGUUGAAUUGAACUCGAGAAUGUCUGCUGAUGCUCUUGAAAAUAAUGAUGAUUUGUUGAGUCAAGCAGAAGAAAAUUCAGAAGAUGAUUUGAAGGCAGUGACAAUGGAGAUUGAGAUCAACCAUCCAAGUAAUGUUCCACAUGUAUUGGAAAUUCAACAAAUGGCAACUAGUUUAAAAGCUAGGAUAAUGAAUAUUGAGUCUACUUCAGAAAUUAUAGCUGUAAGUAAUGAAAUUCGGGAACUUUGUGUGAAUAAAGGUGUGGAUUCUCUUCAAGUUUUGAGUCUAAUUGAGCCUUGGAAAGUAGAUGAUGAGACUGCUUCACUGCUAAUUUGCCAUCUUUCAAGUGGGAAUGAAGAAGAGUUUGGAUGGCCAAGCCAGGUUCUCUGCGCAAUUGUGCUUCCCAAGUUCUUAAUUCUAGAGGAGCCAGCUUCCCGAGUGCUGGUGACUGUGACUAUAGAAUACUGCAAGCUCCAUCAGAGGGCUGCUGUGUAUGGACUAUUGUUUCCACUUUUAUUCAGAAAGGAUGGUAUCAAUAACUGCAUCUGUGAUGUGAUUACAAGGAUUGUCAGGGAAUGUUUGCACCCGGCUCAUGUUUCUGCCUUCUGCCAGAAGCUGCUUUGUGGAGAUGAAGAGGAGAAGAGAUUUAUCUUGCUUCCUUGCCACCAGUGUCUUAUCUCUGUUGACUUGGUAUGGACAGAAUCAUUGUUCGUCCUCUUUCAGAACAUUUUAAAUCAUAAUGUUCAGUUAACUCGAGAUUCAGUUGAUCAUCUUGUUUAUCGCAUUAGGCAAUUGGCUGAAAGGUUCUGCAAAUCUCUAAAAUUUGGCAACUUCUUGCUAUGUUUGGUCAAUAAAUGUGCUCCACUGUUGAAGUCUCAUAAGUCUUCAUUGAUUGAAGCUGUUGACUGUACCAAUACUAUUGUUACAAAAUCUAUGUUGUCAAAAUUAGCUAGUCUUUAGCUGUUGUAUUUCUAUAUCUUUGAAUGAAUUAGGUACCAUGAAAUUUUGGCUUUGCUCUUAGGAUUUGGUAUAGACUUAUGCUAUAUUGAAACCCUUGACAUUCGUUCACUGUGGGUAAAAGCUAGUGGUUACUCUUGGUUGCUUGUGCAUGCAAAUUACAAUUAU